CCCUGAAGUGCCGUGUGAGCGGGACGGAGCGCUGUGAUUGGUGGUUUUGUUCGCGUGAGCUUGUUGAUUUGUUGCUAGUGUCUAACUUCAGUUUAUAUCGCAUAACUAAAGGCAUCACAUCGGUUAUUUUCUGUAUUUUGGCACUAACAGGGUGAAAAUGGCGUCGGUUUCCAUAGAGGAAAAUGGUACGUGUUUCAGAAAGAGUGCACCAGGACAGGUGGCCAAAAAUGAAGUAUUUCAUUCUCUGGAUCUCAGAAAAGUCACCUUUAUGGAGGGGGCUCAAUGGAUCCGGAUCCAGGAAGAGCUGAGUGGCGUUGACAAAAACCAGCAGCAACCGAGAGAGGCAGCUAAACGCAGAGCAGCCCUGCUCCUGCAGUCACGGGCGAUGGUCAAAGGCUUUGAUACCAUUGCAGAUCAAAGGCGAAAGAUUUUAGAGGCAAAGAAGCUUCAGGAGCAGGCUGAGGAGGAAAAAAGGAAACUGAUUGACAUCGAAGAAGCCAAAUACAGAAAGCAGCAGGCGCAAGAGGCUCUUGAAAGGGCUAGGACUCAGCUGUUUAAUCAAACCGACCGGGUCAAAACAUUUCACAGCGCCCAACUCCAUACCAAUGUGAUGAAGGAAAGGGAGGCGCAGAUUGAACUGAAGCAAAAGAUGACGAGCGCCUGUCUAAACGAGGAGCUAAAGAUUUAUGAGAUGAUGAAGAAUAAAAACGACAAAGCCCUAAAAGAAAUGCAGGAAAAGACUCUGCAAAAGAAGCUUGAGAGAAAGGCUGCAGGAGAAGACCUGAAACUCCAGAUGAAGGAGAACGAACUGGCAAGAAAGCAAAAGAUGCUGGAAACCAUUAAGGAUGCAGAAGAGCUGAAGAGUGUACAAGAACAAUAUCAGCAGGAGCAGAGAAUGAAGUUGGAACAGCGAGAAAACCAGAAGAGAAACUUCAAGCAAGCUCAACUGGAAAGUGUGAACACCCAUGCCUUCAUAAGAGCACAGCAGAGAGCAAACGCCGAGGCCGAGGAGAAAGAAAGGCAGCUUUACCUCGCUCAACAAGAACAAAUAACGAAGCUUCGGAGAGAAAGAGAGAAGGAGAAAAUCAGAGAGGCUCAGCUGCACAGUGAGAGGGUUUUGGAGAAACUGACGGUCAGACAGCAGGACCAAACUGCCAGAGAAGAGGAGAAAAUGGCCAAAGUUGUAGCUGAGCGGGACGCCAAACAGGCCCAGCAGGAGGAGGAGAAGGAGAGGAAGAAGUCUGAGAUGCUGAAGUCAAUCGUUGCUCACAGGGAGCUCAUGAAAAAAGAAAAGCUUCACAGGCACGAAAUCACCAAGCAGCAGAGCCGAGACGCUGCGCUGGCAAUGACGGAGGCCGAGAGGAUGUUUGCUGAGCAGCAGCAGCUGAAGGCGGAGAAGAUCAGAGAGGAAAAAAGAAAACUGUCUGAAUUUAACAUCCAAAUGAUGGCUGAAAAAAGUGCCAAGAUUCAGCAGCUGAAGGAAGACGAACAAGAGCUUCGAGCCAAGAACGCCCAAGUCCUCAUGGAAGAGGAGGCGGCCUUCCAGCAGUACGCACAGCAGGUCAUCAGCAAAGCAGCAGAGGAGAGGAAAAACCUGUACCCACUUUACAAAGCUGCAAGGAAAGGAAUCAAGCCUGUCUUUCAUGGAAUUAGACCCACGUAUCUUGCUUGUGACUCCAGUGGCGCUGAGAUGCCCAACAUUCAGUCUCCUGCCACUAAAACCAUAAGAAAACGUCACGAGCCUGCAGAUAUUCGUGAGGCAAAAAUUAGACUCGGGCUCUUUUGAUGAUGUUUCAAAAUGCAACAUGUCUUUGUGUGUUGUUUCAUUAAAUUCCUUCAAAAAAAUUCAA